AUGAAUUUACCAUUAUUUGCAAUUUUUCUCUGUCUGUUCAUUUGCUCUGAUGCCAAUCAAAAUGAUGAAACAAACAACAAAUCUGAUUCACGAAGUGAGCACAUUAUUAAUCAAAACAGCUCAAAUAAUAGAAUUUCACAUGAUGUGCUAAGCAUAUCACCAAAUAUAUCAAUUAGCAUACCGAGGUCCAUUAGUACAAUCGAUGAUACUUCAAGUAGCUGUAUCAGUCAAAUUUCACACUUGCCGCAUUUCACAACGCUAACAGAUUCGUCAAAGUUAAUUCAUAGCAUUUCAUUCACUGGGUUAUCUAGUUUUACAAGUAAUGUUGAUAACAGUGAAACACCAUCUUCUGCAGAAUAUUCACGCCUAACAUCCGAUCUAUCAGUAUCUCUUUCCUCAACAGGCAGACGUUUAUUGACUACACUGACCAAUGGAUCAACUUCUGAAUCAGAGAAGAUACAGGUUGCUUUAAGAAAUGAUUAUGUGAAUCAAAGUUCCGAAAGUUCAUAUUCUUCCAUUCAAAGUAUAAAUAAGUCAUAUAAAAUGCCUGAAUCAUUUUCUCACGCUAAAAGAGAUACCUUCGUUGAUUCUACGAUUCUCAGCCAAUCACAUCAGGAAAAUUCAUCCAGCACAAUGUUGGAUUCUCAAUUUAUCUCGAACACAACUGCAACAGUUCUUGCAUCUCCAGAAAAGAUUCCAGUACUGCUCAACAUUUCGGACGAAGAGGCAACAGGUGACGUUAUUGCAGAGCAGGCGCUAAAUCAAGGCCUUGAGAAUUUGACUGAUGUGUUAAACUCAAGUGAUCAUGAGCCGGUGCUGACAAACGAGGAAAAAGCAUACUUCAUCACUUUUGAGGAGUGGAAAAGGCAGAAGAUAGCUCAGGAAUUGAAAGAAAGAGCAAAAAGAAAGGAAUCGGAGGAUGGGAAGCAGAAGAGAAUCAAGGCAAACAGAGCUCAGGGGCAGAAUAGUAAUCUGGAUUACCCAUUCGGUGAGGAAAUGGAGUUUGAGGCUUCACUAUUCACGGAUGAUGAUACUGGUUCUUCUGAUAAUGAUAAAUCCUACAAAGGAAGAUUCAACUAUGCUAGUUUGGACUGCGCCGCUACAAUAGUGAAGACAAAUAAAGAAGCCAAGGGUGCUACUGCAAUUUUAAACGCCAACAAGGACACGUAUCUUCUCAAUCAGUGUAAGGCCAGUAACAGCUUUGUGAUAGUUGAACUGUGUGAGGAUAUAUUGAUUGACGAGGUUCUGAUUGGAAAUUUCGAGUUCUUUUCGUCCGUGUUCAAGGAUAUCAGGGUUUCAGUAAGUGACAGGUAUCCGUCUCCGGAUUGGAAAGUGAUUGGUGAAUUCACAGCCAAGAAUCUCAGAAACCUUCAAACGUUUCACAUUUCCGACCCAAAGAUAUGGGCCAAGUUUCUAAAGGUAGAGUUUCUUUCGCAUUACGGAAAUGAGUACUACUGCCCUAUUUCUUCACUUCAGGUGCACGGGAAAACUAUGAUGGAGCAGUUUAAGGAAGAAACACACCAGCCAUCAAUUGCAAAAGAGCUACGUGACAUUUCCGUCGAUGAGAUUGCAAAUGGCAAUUUGCAAAAUGCAGGUGAGGAUAGGAAUGUCACCCCUGAAGUACAGCAGGAGGUUGAGCCUGAGAAUUGCGUUAUUCGACCUCAUUUGGGACUUGAGCAGUUUCUUGAGCAGCGAAAAAACCUUCAGGCUGCAAUCUGCGUCCAGAAUUUCACUGAUGAAGUUGCAAAUAGCAGUAUGAGCAGUAUAUCGCGAAACGGAUUAAUUGAUGCUCCAACUUCGAGUGCUGCUAAUAUUCAAGAAUCCAUAUAUCAGAACAUCAUCAAACGGUUGUCUGUAUUGGAAUCAAAUGCAACUCUUUCUCUCCUCUACAUUGAGGAACAAUCUAAGAUUCUUUCUGCUGCUUUUGAGAGCUUGGAAAGCAGACAGAGCAAAAGCUUUGAUGGUUUAAUCGGGCAAAUGAAUGCAACAGUGCAGAGCCAGAUUUCCAAUUUCAAAAGACUCAACUCGGAACUCUCAGAAAACUUCGAGCAGUUUUUCAACUAUCAGAACAGCCGUUUUCAAAAUGUCUUGCUAUCCAAUGAGGAUCGAUUGGAUCGGUUUCAACGGUCGCUCAACUUUCAGAAGAAGAUGAACUUUCUAAGCUUGGUGAUCAUCAUCUUCCUUCUUGCAUACAUUAUAUCGAUGAAUAAUGGAACGGAUGCCGAUUAUAUUUAUUCUCUUCCUAAUUCUCCUGCCAAUGCAGCGAAUGAUGCUACUAGAACACAUUUAAAGUUACAUGCUCGGCAAAACUCUCCAAAUAAGGCCGACUCAAGCGAGUCAUCAUUAUCAGAGACAUCUAUUCCACAUAAAGCACAGGAUUUUGUUGACCGGAUAUUCCAUCGGCAAAGACCAGGAGGAAGUGAUACGGAUGAAAGUGAGAAUGAGACCACACACUUGGAGAAGAGUAGCCAAAUAGAAGUGGUAUCUGUGCAACUAGCACAGAGUAAAAAAGAAGAAUGUGAAAGAGAGAAGGAGAACAUGAAGCCAGGUGAAAAUAAGAAAGAAUAUGAAAGCACAAAAAAGUAA